AUGGGCUCGGAUUGGGUCGACCUGUCCCGAUCAAAUCUCGGCCAUGCCAUAUUGGAGAUUGAUUCCUUGAUGGACAGGAUUGGCCGGGUUGCUACCCGUACGUCUAAGGUAGUUGACUAUUCCAGUCCGGGCCUGCCGCCUGCAGACGACCUAAAGCGCAACGGACAGUUGCAGCGCGGGAACGGAGGCGCUUUUGUCCUGCCCCGAACAGAUGGAAACGUCGUGGUGGGAUUGCAAGGCGGUGUUGGCAUGAAGUGA